AUGAGCCGCCCAGAUGGUCGUGGUGCAUCAAUACCGCCGUUGCACAGCAGCGCAAGUGCGCUCUCUAUGUCCAAGACCGACGACAGUGGCUCGAGCAAAACGCCUGGAGGCGCUCCCGAAAACAGUGUUGCCUACCAGUAUGUCGCUGUGCAACAGAUGGCCAGUUGCCGCGACCACAUCGAAUACCAGCUCACCGUUCGCGAGCAGCCCAAACAAUCAAGAAUGUGCGGAGUUGGCGAAAAAGCUGAUCGACGUCCUAUCGACCCUGCUCCCAUCGUCCAGCUCCGCGUCAUCACUCACGAUCAGCCCAUCCGUCAAUCCAAUACCGUCGAGAGCGCGUCCGUAACACCACCCGUGGAAAGGAGAUCGGGUCAUGGCCCCAAAGUACCAAGGACGCCGGCGGUACGAAGCGGCCUGCCCGUCAGCACUGCCCUUGGAGAUGGCUGGGAAGACAAAGCUUGGUAUCUCGAGAAUCCGUACUUCUUCAUGUACGCCAUGCUCUGCCACGCCGAAACUGAUGAAGAGCUUCACCUGCUCAACGAUGGAAAGACGAGGUACACCAGCGGCUCGUGCGUCUCCUGCCUCUAUCACCUCAAAGACAUCGAUGGCUCCCACCAAGGCUUCUUUGUCUUUCCCGACCUCAGCAUCCGUGUUGAAGGACGAUACCGUCUCAAGCUUUGCCUGUUCGAGACCAUUGGUCACUCCGUACACCACUGCAAGUCGAUCUACUCAGACCCCUUCCACGUCUACACCGCCAAGCGCUUCCCAGGUAUGGAGGAGUCUACCAAGCUGUCCAAGUCUUUCGCCGAGCAAGGUCUCAAAGUGCGUGUUCGCAAACACCCCAGGUCGCGACGCAGAAGCUCAAAGCGUACCAAGGACGAGAGCGAUGGAUCCGAUGCAGAUGUUCCUCUCGCACGAGACCGCAGUCCCAAACGUGCACGAGCUUCCGACAUUCUUCCUUCAUCGGGCCUUCCGGUGCCGUCUCAGCAACCGCAGCAGCCGACAUCCCAAAUGCCGCGUUCCCUCGAUGCGCGUUUCGAACGCGCCGUGUUCGAUCGAAAACCUCCAGCAAUGACUGCUUCUGCGCCUCAGGAUCAACCGCAUCGAUACGCUGCUUGGGAGGAAGAGGAAGCGAUGCGCAUUAGGCAAGCGCGCACUAGGGAGACUGGCUUUGAUUCGGGUCUCUACGCCCGCCAUCCAAGAGACAACAGAAUGACACAAGGGCGGACGCAGCAGCUAUCGCGCGAGUAUUCUGAAGGACGGUACAUGGACGACCAUCCGCUACCCCCGCCCCUGCCACACGACCGUCCCGUGCCGCCACAUCACGGCGUACCCCCUAACCGAGGUCCGGCGGACUAUCCCGAGUAUGGAAGGCCAGCUUAUUAUCGCGGCGAGGAACCUUCUCGAGGUCCCAUGUUUGCACCUGGACACCCAUCAGCAACGCCGCCACCACGGCCACCAUCGCGAUCAUCGCAUCCAUCCAGCACAGGAUACCGCCACGCAGAUCCGUCUGGCAACCUGCCCGCACUGCCGACUCACAACCGUCCGUGGAUGGACCAUCAGCCCCAGCCGGCGGAGGCGGCGGCAGGCAUACCUUCCCGCCCUCCACGUGUCCACUCCCGACCGUAUGGACCGCCGGAUCAUCUUCCGCAACACGAGUCCGCUCGCAACUACGAAUACGACGACUAUGCUGCAGCAGCCAGACGCGCACCUCGAUACAGCGCGCCUUAUGAUCAGCGUGAAGCUGCACCGUCAGGAAGCCGAAGUACUCCUUCCCCACCUAGCAGAAAUGUCGAAUACGGCAGUCGUAGAGUGGCGUUCCCUCCUCCACCACCGCCGGGCUCACAGCCUUGGCGAUCCGGCCCGCCAAGCCCGCGCAGAGGUCCAAACGACUAUCCUUCUGCAACAGCCUCUGCGAUUGAUCGAGACUUCAUGACUCGAAGGUCGCCCUCUCUCCCACCACCGCAUCGCAACAUCGCCACUCCACCAGCAGCCUUCAUCGGCGCUGACCAUCCUCAUCGUCGAGGCUACCCUCCUUCCGAGCACGGACCCCGGUAUGAUAUGGACCCGAACAACGGCAGUGGUCCAGAUGCUUCACGCCGCACCAUGCGUGCUCCUCCCUCUUCGACCAUGUCAGACCCGUAUGCAAGAGAGGACGCGUCCAGACCAAGCGAUCUUCCUCCACCCGACAGAUUUGGUCAUGGGAUGAGACCCGUGCUGCCACCACUCUCUGCUUCUCCCUUUUUGGGUCAGCGAGAGCAACGCGAGCGAGAAGCACAGAUGGCUGCUUCCCGUGACCGCGACUCGGUAGGUCCACCUUACGACCGCAUGCUACCCUCAGGGUACAUGUCUCGAGCUAGCGAUGCAGAGAUAGCCGACCGAGAAAGGGCAAGAGAACGUGAAUGGGAAAGAGAGAGAAUGCAGAUGCGGUCGCAGGGUGGUGGUCCUCCACCUCCUCCUCCGCAGCAGCAAGAAUGGAAUCCUCGAAGACCUCCAUCGACUGGACCCAACCCAGCCUCGGGAAGAAGCAGCGGUGCCUCUCAGUCUAGACCUCAUUGA